GACAGUCAGUCGAAGCUCAAGGCUCUCAGCCGCUGACGAACGGACGGCAGGUGCAGGCGAUGUUGUGCUGUGUGGGAUCAGGUGGCAGGAUGACGUUGGCCAAGCUCCUCCUUCCCUUCCUCAUGCUCCAGCCCUUCUCUGAAGCCUCCAACCAACCGCCAAGCUUCAACAACUACUUCUUCAAGACCUACCUCCUGAUCUACGAGAACACGGCCAUCGGUUCCUCGGUCACCCAGCUAAGGGCCGACGACCCUGAAGGUGAGCCCCUCAUCUACGGGGUGGUGGGCGAGGAGGCCAUGAGGUACUUUGCCGUGGACAGAGAGACCGGCGUGGUCUGGCUGAAACUGACCCUGGACCGCGAGUCUGUGUCACAGAUGCAGGUGGAGUUCUCCGUGAGUGACAGCCAAGGGGUGGUCAAAGACACGGUGAACAUCCUUAUCGGGGACGUCAACGACAACGCGCCAAGCUUCCACGGGCUGCCCUAUACCGUGCACAUCCCGGAGAACACGGCUGUGGGGACGUCGGUGUUCAUGGUGAACGCCACCGACCCGGACCAGGGCACCGGGGGCAGCGUCCUCUUCUACUUCCAGCCGCCGUCGCCCUUCUUCGCCAUCGACGGCGCCCGCGGCAUCGUCACGGUCAACCGGACGCUGGACUACGAGACCACCUCAGCCUACCAGCUCACCAUCAACGCCACGGACCAGGACAGGUGGCGGCCUCUGUCCCGGUUGACCAACCUGGCCAUCCUGAUCACAGACAUCCAGGACAUGAACCCGGUCUUCACCAACCUGCCCUACAGCACCAACAUAGCGGAGGACAAGCCCCCGGGCUACGAGGUGCGGAAGAUAAGAGCCAUUGACCAGGAUCUGGGACGCCCGCGUGGGAUUGGCUACACCAUCAUCUCAGGUAACACCAACAGCAUGUUCGCCCUGGACUACAUCAGUGGCUCGCUGACUGUCAACGGCCAGCUGGACCGAGAGAACCCGCUCUACUCAGCGGGAUUCACCAUCACCGUCAGGGGGACAGAGCUGAAUGACGACCGCACCCCCUCGGACGCCAUGGUGAUGACCACCUUCACCAUUCUGCUGAUCGACCGGAACGACAACGCCCCCACCUUCAACAGCUCAGAGUACCGCGUGCGCAUCACCGAGCUGGCCCAGGUGGGCUUCGCCCUGCCCCUCUUCAUCCAGGCGGAGGACAAGGACGAGGGGGUGAACAGCAUGUUCCAGGUGGUCCUCACGGGGAACAACUCGGACCACUUCACCAUCUCGCCCACGGCGGUGCAGGGACGGGCAGACAUCCGCGUGCGCGUGGCCGUGCCUUUGGACUACGAGAAACUCCGCCGCUACAGCUUCUCCCUCUACGCCAACGAGUCCAUGUCGGACCACGUGGGCUUCGCCCGCAUCUUCAUCGACCUCAUCAACGAGAACGACAACCGGCCCAUCUUCAGCCAACCCGUGUACAACAUCAGCCUGCCCGAGAACACGCCCACCGGCACGCCGCUGAUCCGCAUCCUGGCAACAGACGGAGACAUUGGUACAUUUGGAACAGUGCAUUACUUCUUCAACGAAGAACCAGACCAGUUCUCCCUGGACUCGCGGACGGGCUGGGUGGGCCUGCGGGCCGGCCUGGACUACGAGCUGAUGCGGCGCUUCACGGUGACGGUGCUUGCCCGGGACGGCGGCGGCGAGGAGACCACGGGCCGGCUGCGCAUCAACGUGCUGGACGUCAACGACAACGCGCCGCUGUUCCAGAAGGAGGCGUACCUGGGUAUGCUGCGGGAGAACGAGCAGGGCCCGCAGUACGUGGCCCGUGUCAGGGCUACAGACGAGGACUCUCCGCCCAACAACCACCUCACCUACACCAUCACCUCCGCCUCCGCCUUCCCCGAGUACUUUGACAUCCUGAUGCAGGAGGGCUACGCAGUGAUCAGCGUGAACAGCCCCCUGGACUAUGAGCGGGUCCCGGCGGGGCGGAUCCACCUGACGGUGAUGGCCCGGGACGGGGGCAGCCCGGCCCUCAACAGCAGCGUGGCCGUCACCCUGGAGCUGUUUGAUGAAAAUGACAACCCACCUACAUUCAGCCUGCCUUCCUACAUUGUCAAAAUCUCAGAAAACAUUAACGCAGGUAGGUUUUGUGUCUGUCGUGUGUUGAGCGUUGGCGACACAAUGGCACAAAGGAUGUUCCCUGAGAGUGCAGUGCUGGCGGUGGACCCCGACGACGGGGACAACGGCGUGGUGGAGUACCGCAUCAGCCCGCCCAACCCCUUCUACACCAUCAGCAACAGCACGGGCAAGAUCCGCACCACCGGGGUCACCCUGGACCGCGAGAGCGCCGACCCCCGCAACGCCCUGCUCAUGAGGACCAUCGUCAUCACCGCCUCCGACCGAGGCACACCGCCACUGCGUGCGUCCGUGAGCACUACCGUCUUUGUCAACCUGCUGGACCUCAAUGACAACGACCCCACCUUCGUCAACCUUCCCUUCGUGGCCGAGGUGCUGGAGGGGCUGCCCCUGGGGUCUUCUGUCUUCAAGGUCCAGGUGGAGGACCCCGACGAGGACAACAACGGCCUGGUCACCAUGGCGCUGCAGGUGGGCAUGCCGCGGCUGGACUUCCACCUCAACACGUCCACGGGCGUGCUGACCUCCACGGCCCCCCUGGACCGCGAGCAGAUCGCCCAGUACUACCUGAGGAUCGUGGCCCACGACGCCGGGAAGUUCCCCCGCACCUCCACCUCCACCCUGACCAUCACAGUGCUGGACGUGAACGACGAGACCCCAACCUUCUUCCCGCGGCGGUACAACGUGUCGCUGCAGGAGGACGUCCCUCGGGACCACGCCGUGGCGCGCCUCAACUGCUCCGACAACGACGCCGGGCUCAACGCCGAGCUCAGCUACUUCAUCACAGACGGAAACCAGGACGGUAAAUUCAGCGUGGGCUUCAGAAACGGGGUGGUCCGCACGGUGGUGGGGCUGGACCGAGAGACCCAGGCCGCCUACACGCUGGUCAUUGAGGCCAUAGACAACGGGCCAGCGGGCAGCAGGCGGACGGGCACGGCCACCGUGUUCGUGGAGGUGCUGGACGUGAACGACAACAGACCCAUCUUCCUCCAGAACAGCUACGAGGCCAGCGUGCUGGAGAACGUGGCCAACGGGACCAGCGUCCUCCAGGUCCAGGCCACAGAUGCGGACCAGGGAGAAAAUGGCCGGGUGUUAUACAGGAUCCUCUCUGGCAACAACAACAGGCUGUUCACCAUGGAGCAGCGGACGGGGCUGGUGUCCCGGGGCCUGCGGGCUCUGGACCGCGAGAGCACCAGCUCACACGUGUUCGAGGUGGAGGCCUACAACAGCGACCAGGGCCGCAUGAGGAGCUCCGUGCGGGUGAUCGUCUACGUGGAGGACGCCAACGACGAGGCGCCCGUCUUCACCCAGCAGCAGUACAACCGGCUGGGCCUGAGGGAGACGGCCGGCAUCGGCACCUCCGUCAUCGUGGUGCGUGCCACCGACCCCGACACUGGUGACGGCGGCUCCGUGGCCUACGCCAUCGUGUCGGGCUCGGACCGCAAGUUCGAGGUGGACGUGAGCACGGGGCUGGUGACCACGGUGGACCACCUGGACUACGAGACCAAGACGUCGUACCUGAUGAACGUGUCGGCCACCGACCAGGCCCCGCCCUUCCACCUGGGCUUCUGCAGCGUGUACGUCACGCUGCUCAACGAGCUGGACGAGGCCGUGGCCUUCUUCGCCGCCGGCUACGAGGCGGCGCUGGUGGAGAACAUCGCCACGGGAACAGAGGUGGCGCAGGUGCGGGCGCAGUCGGCCGACAACCUGAACCAGCUCACGUACCGCUUCGACCCGGACACCUCGCCGGCCGCGCUCGCCCUCUUCAGGAUCGACGGCGUCACGGGUCGUAUCACAGUGAUGGGGUUGCUGGACAGAGAGAUGGGUGACCUCUACACCCUGACUGUGGUGGCGGACAAUGGAGGACCCAGAGAGGACUCCACCGUGAGGAGCUAAUGGCCUUCCUUUCUUUCUCCAUUGCUACCCUUUCCUCGGGAACUGCAGAAGGUAAGGUUUGCUUGAUGUAUCGCUUGUGACAAAAGACAGAGAACAUCAUGAACCCAUGCUCCAGUUUGUAAUCCCACUUAGAACUAGAAUCGGUGGCGAGUACGCCAGCUUGUGUUAUUGACCGAGCCCUUACAUAUUUCAUCGUUCCCAACGGUUCCUAUCCAUGCCCGCAGCCAGCUAUGAGGCCAUUAUUAAUAACCUACAUUUUUCUAGAGA